GCCAUCUAAUGACCGGAAGCUGCGAGCAUUUAGUUCCGGGUCACAAACAUGGCGCAGGCUGUACACAUAAAGGAGCAGAAGUAUGACAGGCAGCUCAGGUUAUGGGGUGACCAUGGACAGGAGGCGCUGGAAUCUGCUCAUGUUUGUCUAAUAAAUGCAACUGCCACUGGUACUGAGAUUCUGAAGAACUUGGUGCUACCUGGCAUUGGCUUAUUUACCAUUGUGGACGGGAACGUUGUGACUGGGGAAGAUGUUGGUAACAACUUUUUCCUUCAAAAAGAAAGUAUUGGAAAGAAUCGUGCUCAGACUUCCAUGGAGCUUUUACAAGAAUUAAAUGAUGAUGUUACUGGCAAUUUUGUUCCUGAGAGCCCAGAACAACUUUUAGAUAAAGAUCCAUCAUUCUUUUGCAAGUUCACUAUGGUGAUCAGCACACAGCUCCCGGAAAGCACACUUCUACGCCUGGCUGAAACACUCUGGGAUUCCAAUAUUCCACUAUUAGUCUGCCGCGCAUAUGGGUUUGUUGGCUACAUGCGGAUUAUUGUGAAAGAACAUACUGUGAUUGAAUCUCAUCCUGACAAUGCAUUAGAAGAUUUAAGGUUGGACCAGCCAUUUCCAGAGCUGAGGGAACACCUACAGUCAUAUGAUUUGGACCACAUGGAGAGAAAAGACCACAGUCAUACUCCAUGGAUUAUUGUAGUAGCCAAGUAUUUAGACAAGUGGCGCAGUGAGAAUGGAGGCCAAAUGCCAAAAAGCUACAAAGAAAAGGAAUCUUUCAGAGAUCUGAUCAGACAAGGCAUACUGAAGAAUGAAAAUGGGGUUCCAGAGGAUGAGGAGAACUUUGAGGAAGCUAUUAAAAAUGUGAAUACUGCAUUAAAUAUUACAAAGGUUUCCAGUAGUGUUGAGGAGAUUUUAAAUGAUGAUCGCUGCACCAAUCUUACACAUCAGUCAACUUCAUUUUGGAUUUUGGCUCGAGCUGUGAAAGAGUUCAUGGCGAUGGAAGGGAAAGGCAAUUUACCUCUUCGAGGGACUAUUCCUGACAUGAUUGCUGACUCUGACAAAUUCAUAAAACUGCAGAAUAUAUAUCGUGAGAAAGCCAAAAAGGAUGCUUCAGCUGUUGAGAGUUGUGUUUCCAAACUCCUGCAAUCUGUAGGCAGACCUCCAGAGUCCAUAUCUGAGAGAGACAUUCGCUUAUUUUGCAGGAACUGUGCUUUUCUUAGAGUUGUCAGGUGCCGAUCAUUGGAAGAGGAGUAUGGCUUGGAUACAGCCAAAAAGGAUGAUAUUGUUUCGUUAAUGGAGAAUCCAGACAAUGAAAUUGUGUUAUACCUGAUGCUCAGGGCUGUUGACAGGUUUCAGAAACAGCUUGGCAGAUACCCAGGCAUUUACAAUUACCAAAUUGAGAGUGAUAUUGGAAAACUGAAAAGUUGCCUUAAUGGUUUGCUUCAAGAAUAUGGUCUAUCCCUGACUGUGAAAGAUGAGUAUAUCCAAGAAUUCUGUCGAUAUGGAGCCGCAGAACCUCAUACAAUUGCUUCCUUCUUGGGAGGUGCUGCUGCUCAAGAAGCCAUUAAAAUAAUAACCAAGCAAUUUGUUAUCUUUAAUAAUACAUUUAUCUACAACGCCAUGCUUCAGACCUCUGCGACUUUCCAGCUCUAGCUACAUUGUAUUAUAGGUGUAAAUGCAUUUUCUUUAUAGCAGUUUUAUUGUCUGUGACUUCCUUAACCUUGAAUAUGUUAAAAUAUUUUCUUUUGAUAUUUAGAAAAAAUAAAAAACCCAUAAUAUGGGCACAGUUAUGUAUAAGAAUUGAUAACAAUGAGUCAUUUAAAUAAAGCAUUUU